AAGAACAAGAGCUAUUUAGAAAAAGGAGAAAAACCUAGAUGUAUGUAUAUAUAUAUAUGCAUGUGCGUGUCUAUGAAGUGUGACCAAAGUGUAAGUAGGAGUAGCAAGAUAUCCCUGUUAUCUUAGCGUGUUUAUGAGACAGAAAAAGAAACCAGCAAUCCUACCAUCAUGCAAAACAGUUACAGGUUUUUGUUUCACAGUCAUCUGGCAGGACGGUAGUACUUCCCUGGGUGGUUGCUGUCUACCAACCUACUACCUAUUUCUUGGUAUUCUCAAUAAACCACACCAACAACGGUGCUACAGCAGCAGCAGCAGCAGACGGUGCUACAGCGCAGCAGACGGUGCUACAGCAGCAGCAGACGGUGCUACAGCAGCAGCAGCAGCUGACGGUGGUGCAGCAGAUGACAGUGCUACAGCAGCAGCAGCAGCAGCAGCUGACAGUGCUACAGCAGCAGCAGCAGCAGACAGUGCUACAGCGCAGCAGCAGCUGACAGUGCUACAGCAGCAGCAGCAGCUGACAGUGCUACAGCAGCAGCAGCAGCUGACAGUGCUACAGCAGCAGCAGCAGCUGACAGUGCUACAGCAGCAGCUGACAGUGCUACAGCAGCAGCUGACAGUGCUACAGCAGCAGCUGACAGUGCUACAGCAGCAGCAGACUGUACUGCAGCAGCAGCAGCUGACGGUGGUACAGCAGCAGCUGAUGGUACAGUAGCAGCAGCAGCUGAGUGCUACAGCAGCAGCAGCAUCAGCAGUUGACCAUGGUACCACAGUAUUUCGAUAAUAUUUCUCACCCUUUUUACCACAGGGUUGGCACUAGAAGCUUUCUUGGGGCCCAUGGUCACUUAUUUUGCAGAUAAAAUCACCAAAAAUGCUGUAAUAAUACGAAAUGUUCCGAUUGUAUGCUUGGAUGUUACCGCGGAGGCUGGCUUGUAAACAAUGCCACUGGCAGAACAUGUGAGGCUGGCUCAGGCCUCACAUAGACGCGUCUCAGAUGAAUAGCGGUGAGCGGUUUUUUUUGCGGUAUGCGAGGCAAAAUCUUAGCGAUAAAAUGUAUCAGUAUGCGGAUUUAACGUUAUGUGAUGCCAACGGUAUGCGGGGGUCCACUGUACUUACUGUAACCCUUUCAGGGUCGAAACCCCUGAUCUCGGAUUUGCUCUGAUGGUCGAGGAAUUUAAAAAAAAUGUGAAAUAAUAGAGAAUCGUUUUCUGAAGGUAAUGAAACCAACAUUUGAAGGAAAACUUCAGAAUUACGCUGUCGUAAAGUUAGUGGUCUGAGCGAUAUUUAUGUAUCUGCUAUUUUUGCCCACGUUGCAUCAGAUUUUUGGCCAAUUCCACUGUUCCAGUUGCCCAAACUUGUAGCUAUUUCGCUAUUAUUCCUUCUAUUCUGAGUACAAGAAACUGCAUAUUUACCCAUUUCAUUUACCAGAUAGUGAUCAAAAAUUGGUAAUUUGGCCAAGUUCACACACAAUUAAAAAAUUGCCAUUUUAAAAACGGUCCAGAAUAGACUAGACAUUCUUGGGACUAAAAAAACAUUUCUUCUGUUCCUUAGUCAUGUCUCCAGGCCCCUCUUAUAUAAUUAUGCUUGGUUUCAAUUUUGAAUUUUUAUUCGCAAAGUAGAUUUACCGUUAUGUAGACUUGUGCAAUUAUAAUAAUGCUGUAAUGUCAGUGUAUUUCUAAAUGUGUAUUAGACUGGCCAGUUGGAUGUGUAUUGGACAAGUGACAUUGUGCAGGUGUAGCCCAGGUGGGCUACACCUACCGGCUACCUACACUGACUUCCUACAAAUAAAUACUACUCGCCUCUCUUCCUAUAUUAAGACUACACAUAUUUUAAGGUAAAUAGUGAGUGUACUGUAUAUGUAUUUUAACUCUGGGAUGUUUUAAAUAUCAUAUAUUAUGUAUGAGACUGGGAGCCAGGGCUACCUACACCUGACUUCCUACAAAUAAGUACUACUCGCCUCUCCCUACAUUAAGAUUACAAAUACUUCAAGAUAAGUAAUGAAUGUACUGUACUGUGAAUACAGUAUUUUGUUUUGUGUGUUUUUAAUGCCUAGUUCUAUUAUUAACUUAAUAUAAUUUAGUGUAAACUUGUUUGGCAUUUAUAUGCAUUUAUAAAUGGAAAAAAUGGCAUUCUGCCUUCAGGCGAUGUCUGCUUUCCGGUGACAGCCUGGAACCUAACCUGCCGUAUAAGUGGGGCCCUACUGUAUAAAUAAUGCCAACCCAUUCAUGACUGCAUAUUAGAAUGGCUAGUUGAACAUUUAUUGGACAAGGACAUCAUUUGUUUACUCUUGAACAUCAGCAAAAAUCAAACAUUUUCCCCACUUUGAGCUCCAUUUCAAGGUUGUUUUCAUAGUAAAACCAAUCAAAAUUGCCUCCAUUUCUAUAAUAUGUUUUCCAUUCUGUCAAAUGUGAGUAGAAAAACAAGAGUAUAACCAUAAAAACUAUACGAAAAUACACCUCAGUCGGCAUUUUAGUCCCAAAAGUUUUUUUUUUUUUUUGUUUUUUUUUUUUUUUCUUCCUAAUUAUGCACUGCUUGCUGCAAGAUUUUGUUUUUUUUUAUAUACUGCACACACAGUGACCACACAGCCCCAUUCUCUCACAUGUGGGCCUACCAGCUUUCUCCUGCUUGAUUUGAAGCUGCUAGAAUUUUUUGUGUAUAUACGUUCAAACACAUUGGCUCGUAAGACAUAUAUAUACGACUGAAACAAGUCAAAGGGUUAAAAUCAGAAUUAUCUAGAGACAACUGUCUUCUACUCCAGUAUUUUUAGUGGAAUUAUGCCAUGUCUGCUUUAAUUAUUGUUCUCUCUGCCUCCAGCUCAUUACAAAUGAUUCAGUAUUCAGACCUUAGAUUUGUCCCAUUCAUGUGUGGAGAAUAAUCUUAGAAAUAAGCAGCAUGAAGAGAUGUUUAGCAAGUUUACCUUCAGCAGUAGAGUAUACUAGGACAAAAUACAGGAAUCCCUCAUACAUUUCCUGUGAAACCAUCUUGAGUGUUCUUAACAGAAACCAGUGCAUGGAAAAUGUGAAUGCAGACACAAACAAGGUCUAGAUAAAAAUAAACUAAACAUUAGCAAUAUUAUGUAAACUAAAAUAGUUUUUAACAUGAUGAAAAAAAAAGUAAACUUAUCCCUAGAAAUUAAUGACAGUUGAAGCCAAAGCAUACCACAAGACAUGCUAUUUAGGAAAUAAGAAUUAAAGUGCAAAAUUUGUGAUGGGGGUGGGGGUUAAUCCAGUAUUGCAUUAGUCUUCCAAUAACAUCAAAGUAAUAAGCAAAAUCCUGAAUGAGCAAUUUGAGUCUGUGUUCUGCAAAUUGAUUCUCUUGACAGCAGUUGUCUUUGAGGGCAUUAAAAUUUAUUUUGUCGAUGCUGUCAGCAUUGAGUAGAAUUUGCCUCCUGGGGCGAGUGUGAUCUGUGAGUGCUUGUGCCAGUUCACCCUUCAGCUUGAAGCCAUUCAUAAGGAAAUGCAUGCUUGAGAUGGUAUCCUAUUAGACAUGAGCCACCAAUUUAACAUCAUAUUUAAGUAAUUAUAUGUUAAUCUUACUAAAAAAUAACAAGGAAUAGCAGUUCUGCAUUAUUUUGAACAUGCAGGAAUUUACAAGGACAGUGUCAGUGCUCUGAUUGGAAAACUGGUUGCCCAUGCAGUUGUUGUGAGCUUUGGCUCUUCAGUAGGCAAGCACAGUACCUUCUUUAGUGGGUGGGUAGAGAGAGAAUAGGCAGACCGUUUCAGGCUCCACUGAAUCAUUUUUCGUCUAACAUCACUCUUAGGUUUGAUGGCAAGCUGCAUUCUUGUCUGCUUGUGUAUCUGCUGCCUUGAUUGACAGUUUAAGGGUUUUCAUUUGUAGUUAACUUAGACAGCAGACUUCCAUGGAUGGUGAAAUUGGGUAACGUUUUAUUAUUGGAAGGGGCUAAGUUUGUUUGUGUAGUAUCGUAUUCACAGAGAAAUUGCUAAACCCAUAGGGGUCAUACAGCACUUGGUGAAUUAGAGGUGAUUAGAUUUGAUUCAAGAAAGGGGAAGGGUAGCUCCACUUUCUUGUAUCAGGAGCCCUUUGUCCAAGAGGCACACUCUUGAAGGGGUUCAUGUAAAAUUGUUAAAUAUUGCAUAUAUAAAAUUUCUUUAUGCUAUGUUGUGUUUUGUGGGGAUACAGUUUGUGGUUGGGUACAGUGAAACCCACUUUAAUUUGUACCCUUUUUGAAAUUCUUGUUUACUUUAAUUGGCAUUAUAAAUAAUGUAACUAUUCACAACCUUAAAAUUUUAUUUUCAUAGUCAAAUGCAAAGGUGAAUCUAAAAACAAUAUUGACAUCUUGUAAAGCUUUAGAUUAAUAACUGGUUAGAAUAAUUUAAAUUUGUAGGUUUUCGAAUUCUUUUUAAUCGUAUUAUUUUCUUGACAGGUAAUCCGAGGAAGCAGCAUUAUUAUGCUUGAGGCACUAGAUCGUAUUUCUUGAGGCAUAUACUGUGUAUGUAAAGUUCUAUACAUACCAGUUUAAUUUCAUUGAGUUCAUACUUUCCUUAUGAAUGAUGUCUUUAGUUUAGUUCUUAAAUAAACAAUAUUAUCAUUGAGUAUUUUUGAGCAUGAGGUAAAUUGAGAUACAGUAAUUUGUUGAAUCAUUUAUUAAAUCAUUUACACAACACAUUAAUGCCUCAGGAAUUGAGCAUUGGAACAGUACCUGAAAUAGUUGACAAAACUCCAUUGAGUAUAUAGGCCAAGAUUGCUAAAUGAGAAGAGCUCAAGAAGGCUCUGACAAGUUUUGAUUUUUUCUGUUAUUUCUUCAUAAAGCAAUAAAAUAAUUCUUUUUGCAACA